AUGAGUAUCCAAUCCGCUUCCGCUUCUCCCUCCGAGCUCACCAUCGAGUGGGCCGACGGCCAGACCUCCCGCUUCCACCACGUGUGGCUUAGAGACUACUGCCACUGUGAAAAGUGCUACUUUUCAGCCACCAAACAACGGCUCUUCAACCUGGCCACCAUCGAUGCUGGCAUUCGUCCCGAAUCUGUGGCGUCCUCAGCGUCCAGUGUAUCGAUUGUGUGGAGCCAGGAUGCUCACCAGAGUGUUUACGAUGCUAAUUGGCUCUUUUUACACUCGUACCAACCAAGAUUGAUUCCCGUGGACGCCAAAGUCAAGGACGAAAAGGAGUUGCUUCGUCGUCAGCUCUGGCAGGUCAAGGACAUCGAGCACAAUUUGCCGCUGGUCGACUUUAGUGAGGUUGUAGGCGCCAGUGACGAUGCACCUAUCCGAGACUGGUCGCUCAAAAUCUGGAAGCACGGCUUCUGUAUGAUUGACAACGUGCCAGUGACGCCAGAAGACACCGAAAAGCUCUGUGAAGCACUCUCGUACAUCCGUCCCACACACUAUGGUGGCUUUUGGGACUUCACCAGCGAUUUGAGCAAGGCAGACACUGCCUACACCAACGUAGACAUCUCGUGCCAUACGGACGGCACCUACUGGUCGGACACUCCUGGAUUGCAGCUCUUCCACUUGUUGUACCACGACGGGACUGGUGGUACUACUUCACUUGUGGAUGCGUUCAAGUGUGCCGAGAUCUUGCGGUCCCAGCACCCUGAAAGUUUUGACCUUUUAACCAGAAUUCCGAUUCCUGCCCACUCUGCUGGUGAAGAAAAGGUGUGCAUUCAGCCAGACAUUGCCCAACCUGUAUUCAAGUUGGAUCUCGAUGGAAAUCUCCUCCAGGUUAGGUGGAACCAGUCGGACAGAUCAACCAUGGACAACUGGCACAACCCAGAGGACGUGCCUCGGUUCUACGAGGCGAUCAGAAGAUGGGUGGCUAUUAUCAACAAUCCCGAAAAUGAGCUCUUCUACCAGUUGAAGCCUGGACAGUGCUUAAUUUUCGACAACUGGCGGUGUUUCCACUCCAGAACCGAGUUCACGGGAAAGAGACGGAUGUGUGGUGCCUACAUCAACAGGGACGACUUUGUAUCUGGGCUCCGGUUGAUGGUGUUGGGAAGGGAUGCGGUCGUGGGAGCUAUCUAG